AUGGACACUCGGGCAGCUCGUCCCUUCAGUUUCUCCUUCAACACCAGCGACUAUCGCAUUCUGCACAUGGACCAGGACCAGGGCCGGCUCUACCUGGGCAGCCGCGAGUACCUGGUGGCCCUGGACAUGCACAACGUCAACAAGGAGCCGCUUAUAAUCCACUGGCCAGCAUCUGCGAAGAGAAAGGGAGAAUGUCAGAUGACGGGAAAGGGGAAACAGGGCGAAUGUGCCAACUUUGUGCGCAUGAUUGAGCCUUGGAACCGCACCCAUCUCUACACAUGUGGGACGGGAGCUUACCAGCCCAUCUGCACCUUCAUCAACAGGGGCUGGAGAGCAGAGGACUACCUGUUUCGACUGGUCCCCGGCUACGUGGACUCGGGGAAGGGAAAGUGCUCCUACGAUCCCAAGCAGGAGAAUGUCGCAACUUUAAUCAAUGGAAACUUAUACGCAGGCGUCCACAUAGACUUCAUGAGCACAGACGCGGCCCUGUUCCGGACUAUGGGAGGGAGGACCGCCAUCAGGACCGAGCAGUACGACUCGAGGUGGCUCAACGAGCCGGUGUUUGUUCAGAUCCAGCAGAUACCUGACAGCGCAGAAAGGAAUGACGACAAGCUCUACAUAUUUUUUCGUGAGAAGAGCCUCGAUGCCAACGGAGCCAGCCCCAGCGUUUUAGCGCGAGUGGGACGUGUGUGUCUGAAUGAUGAAGGUGGGCAGAAGUCCUUGGUGAACCGCUGGACCACAUUCCUCAAAGCUCGACUUAUCUGCUCCGUGAUCGGGGAAGACGGAGUGGAGACGCGCUUUGAUGAACUACGAGACGUGUUCAUUCAGCGCAGUCAGGACGACCGCAGCCCCAUGGUCUACGCGCUCUUCACCACCGCCGGGUCUGUGUUCAAAGGCUCCGCUGUCUGCGUUUACUCCAUGUCCGACAUCCGCAACGUGUUCAACGGCCCCUUCGCCCACAAGCACGGCCACAACUACCAGUGGACAGAGUACAACGGCAAGAUCCCCUACCCUCGACCCGGGACGUGCCCUGGAGGAACCUUUACUCCUGGCAUCCGCUCCUCUAAGAACUUCUCAGACGAGGCGGUGAAUUUCAUCAGAGCCCAUCCCCUCAUGUAUCACCCGGUCUACCCCAUCCACCGGCGCCCUCUGGUGGUGAGGACGGGCGUGGACUAUCGUUACACGUGUCUGGUGGUGGAUCAGGUCGAUGCUGUGGACGGCCGUUAUGAGGUGCUCUUUUUGGGAACAGAUCGUGGGACUGUGCAGAAAGUCAUCGUUCUGCCCAAAGAUCCGACCAGCAUGGAGGUGCUCACUCUGGAGGAGGUGGAAGUCUUCAGGUCUCGAGCUGCAGUCAAGACUCUGAAGCUUUCGUCCAAAAGACAACAGCUGUACGUGUCGUCGGACGCGGGGCUGACACAGGUGUCUCUGCACCGCUGUGGCGUGUACGGCCGGGCCUGCUCCGACUGCUGCCUGGCCCGGGACCCCUACUGCGCCUGGGACGGGGAGAGCUGCUCCGCGUUCACCCCGUCCACAAAGAGGAGGAGCAGAAGGCAGGAUGUGAAACACGGGGAUCCGCUGAGGCAAUGCAGGGGGUUCAAUGCUAAAGUGGAAAAGCGCCUUAAGGAGACAGUGCAGUUUGGGGUGGAGGGCAGCAGCACCUUCCUGGAGUGUCAGCCCCGUUCCCCACAGGCCUCGGUCAAGUGGCUUUUCCAACGGGAAGGAAAAAGGAAACUGCUCAACCGACUGGGGGGAGUUCUAAAGACCAACCACGGAAUCCUGUUGAAAUUUCUCAACCAAUCAGACGCAGGGGUGUACCACUGCCUGGCCACGGAGAAUAACUUCAAGCACACAGUGGCUCGCGUGGCCCUGCGGAUCCUGGACCGCGACAUCGUCUUGGCUCUGACGGGGCAGGACGAGGACGACGAAAGGCCCAAGAUGCGUCACCCGCCUCCCCACGCGCACCAGCCCCUCUCGACCACGCCCUUCCCCCCAGAGAUCAGACUCAUAAACCAGUACUGCCAGUCGUAUUGGGAGCAGCUCAGCCCUAAGCAGCAGCAGAGGAGGCGCACCAGUCGAAGGCACACGGAAGGCCAGGAUCAGGGCUUGGGCUAG